AUGGCAUUGGCAUUGAUAACCGCUUCUAGGAGGUUGCGCCAAUAUUUUCUGGCCCAUUCAAUCAUUGUCCACACCAACCAACCCUUGAAACAAGUAUUACAAAAUCUAGAGCAUUCUGGGCGCCUCAGUAAAUGGGCCAUGGAGCUUAGUAAAUUUGACAUUGAGUUCAAACCCAAGACAACCAUGAAAGGCCAAUUAGUAGCGGAUUUCAUUGCAGAAAUGACAGAGCGGGAAGAUGCCCCAAUGAAAACAGAAGAAGCGGCUACAGAGUUUGAAAACACCGUUGUCACAACAAGGAAACCCGCUCAGCAUUCUCAAUGGAACUUAUAUGUAGACGAUUCUUGUUAUGCAAAAGCUAGUGGAGCAGGAAUCCUCUUAACCGGACCUGGGGGACUUGAAUUGGAAUACGCCCUCAAGUUCAACUUCAAAGCUUCCAAUAAUGUAGCGGAAUAG